AUGAUCGUUAUGGAGCAGGAGAUUGACAAUGGAGCAGAGGUGAUGGACGGAUGGAUGGAUGGAUGGAUGGUGAGGACGCCGAGGAGAGUCGCGGAGGAGAGGACUGGCGAUCGCCAGAAGAUGUACAGCAGCGGGUUGAAACGAGGUGAGGUGAACGUGCGGGUGGUGCAGGUCGAGGCCGGUGCAAGCCCUCGUGUUGCCGCCGUUGUUGACUGA